CAGAGCAGCAGGCCUGCUGCGUACCGUCUCGUUUGGCUCUAGAUCAGAACGUCGCGUCCACUCGAGAAGAGCGAAUGUGUUUUUUCCGUUGUUUGUCAUCGCCGUCGUCGUUGUCUUCGUCUGCCGCCGCCGCCGCAGUUUUUUUCCCAACAUAAGUAAUCUCUUUCAUUACAAAAGUGCAUUGUGAGACGAGCUGGAGCUGGACCUGGAGGAAGUCCGAGCAAAAGGUGUUUAGUUUUAUUUUCCGUUUUCCCCAAGCGCACGUUGUUGUGCAGUUUUGUUCGCGGAGAUCCAGAAGCAAGACGCGUCGCGUCGAGGUCGCAAGAAGUUUUGAAAGUGCUGAAGAAUUAAAAAACAAGAGGAAGAAAAUUGGUCCCUGUGCAUCAGGAGUUUGAAGUUGCUUCCUUCGUUCUUGUGUGUUUUAUUUUUGCGUUAUCCUUCGGGGUUUUGUUUAGUGCACGAACAUUCUUCGGUUCGAAGGAUUCCCGAAAGAUUAUUUGCGUUCAUUUUUGUGAUUCGAUUGGGAUUUCCACUGCCGCCGCCCCGCCAGAUUCGAAGCGGUUUUUGUGUGUUGUGUGUGUUGCCUGGAAGCAGCGGAAUUAGAAACAAAACGAAACAGCCAAACAAAAUUGUUCUCCGGAGAAGCCACAAAAUCGGCGCUGCUCGAAAACGGAAAAGAAUAAUCGAUUACAAAACAACAUUUGCGGAUCCCUCUCGCUGGAAGCUCAUCUCGGCUGGAAUUGCAAACCGAAACGGCAGAACCUAACUAGCGAGUAUACGCAACACAUACCUAGAUCGUACCAAGAGAUCGUUUCCUAGUGUAUUUUGGUAGUGAGUUUGAAAACUGCAAGUAGUGUGGAAUCCAAAACAAAAAAAGCAUACUGUAGUGUGGAAAUUCUGAUAACCAGUAUUUAUACAUAUAGCAAAACAUAGAAAAAUAAGCAAAAGAGGUUUGUUGAACGCAUCCCCCCAGUAGUAAAACAACCGAGAAAAUCAUCACAAAAUCAGAAACCCGAAAACAAAAAACAAACCACCUUCACACAGUAGCAAAAUAGGAAAAAAUGCUGUUUGAAAAUCCUGUCGCCGCUGCAAAAAUGUUCCCAUACAGUGUGCCUCCGCCGAUUCAAGGUGCAGCUGCGGUCCCGGUGCAAAAUUUAAGAUUGCAUGGAACUACUUUUAGUGCCGGAACCUUGGACACAACCGGAUUGCUUGAGCAUGACCUACACAACGCGCUGGUGCCAAUCAAAACAGCAAACCUUCUCACACCACAAGCCGCCGCCGCAGCCGUCGUUGCCCAGCAGAACAGAGAUCAACAGCAACAACAACAGCAGCAGCAACAACUACAGCAACAGCAGCUGCAGCAACAGCAACAACAACAGCAACAGGUGCAACAGCAAGAACAGAAACAGCUCCAAUCAAAUUGCCAACUAUCAUCGCUCGUCAGUAACGCUGCCACCAACACCUCCAAAGCCGGUUCCACCAAUGGAAGCUCGUCGGGCCGAUCGACACCAAACAGCAGCAGCGAUCCCGCGCCGGGAAAGCUGUUUGUCGGUGGACUCAGUUGGCAGACGUCGUCCGAGAAGCUCAGCGAGUACUUCGGAAUGUUCGGUAAAGUGACAGAUGUGUUGAUCAUGAAGGAUCCCAUCACACAGCGGAGUCGGGGAUUUGGAUUCAUCACAUUCCAGGAACCAAAUAGCGUAGACAAAGUUCUCAAGGUGCCAAUCCACACUUUGGAUGGGAAGAAAAUCGAUCCCAAGCAUGCCACACCGAAGAACCGCCCGAAGACCCAGUCGAACAAAACGAAGAAAAUCUUCGUGGGAGGCGUCUCGCAGGACACAUCGGCCGAAGAGGUCAGACAGUACUUCAGCCAGUUCGGCAAGGUUGACGAAACGGUCAUGCUGAUGGACCAGCAGACGAAACGUCACCGCGGGUUCGGGUUCGUGACGUUUGAAAACGAGGAUGUGGUGGAUCGGGUGUGCGAGAUCCACUUCCACACCAUCAAGAACAAGAAGGUCGAAUGCAAGAAGGCUCAACCGAAGGAAGCCGUGACGCCUACUGCCCAGCAGCUGCUGCAGAAGCGAAUCAUCCUGGGAAAUCUGGGACUACCGAUUGCGACGCCAACCGCAGCACGUUUGGUUGGGGCCGCUCAGGCAGCAGCCGCUCAAGCUUCGCCACUGGUCAGCCAACUGGCCAACCCGCUGAUGGUACAGGCACAGGCGCAGGCCGCCCAAGCGGCUGCAGCUGCCGCCGCGAUGCAGGUGCAGAAUGGUUUUGGCAAGAUGUUCACCACAUAUCCUCCCACGUUGCAUAGUUUCAGAUAUUCGCCAUAUCCCAUGCCCUCAGCUGCCGCCGCCCACGCAGCGUCCGCCGCCGCCGCCAAUGCAUCGAAUCAUCAGCUGACGACCGCCGCCGUGAAUGCCCAGGCUGCCGCCGCGGCCGCUGCCAGCCAACAGCAUCAGCACCAGCACCAGCAUGCCACCCAGAUGGCGGGUCACACCGCUCAGCCGGCCACGCAAGCCCAGCAGCAACAAGCGAACCCUGCAGCGACCCACCAGCUCAUGCCGGCUCAUCAGCUAGCCGCCGCCACCGCUGGUAAUCCCUACCAGGGCUACAGCCUGGCCAACGUCGACAUGUCCAGCUUCCAGGGCGUCGAUUGGGGUUCGAUGUACGGCAUGGGAAUAAUCUUUCCCGAAGCGCACUGCUGAAAAGACGUAGCAGCUACAUCAGGCAUCAGCCAGCAGCAUGAAUGCCCUUCUAUUCUAGUGUGAUAAAUGCGCGUAAGUGAUAUGAACGAUCCCUGCCCUGCCCGCGUUUGGUGUGAUAGCGCCCCUCUCUGUGUGGGAUUUGUUGAGGGUGCGGCGGGGAUGCCAAAAACCGAGGAGAUUAAUCCUGAAUGUGCGCCAGAUCGGGGUCCCUUUUGCAGUGUUGUUGAAUGCUACUACUACUAGGUACUACUAUUACGUUGAUGGAGCUGGAUUAUGGGGAUCUCGGAGUCGCGCGCAUGGGAUUUGCGAUUUAGUUGUUUAGAAACCAUUUGUGUACAAGACUGCCUUUUAUUUUAGUAUGUAUGUAUGUUCUUUUAAACGGUAUCGAUAUAAGUUCAAGUAGAUUGUAUGUUUUAAGUGAUAUUUUAGUUGGAUAGCGUUGCACUUACUUUUGUUCGGUUUAGUUCGAAAGAGGCGUAGUUUUAUGUUGUAAUUGCUAAUUUUUUGACAAUGUAUUUUAAUUUGAGCGCGUUUGCGUCCGAUGAACAGUAUUCAUUAGAGUUAUAGUGUGACCUCGAGUAAUUAUCGAAUUUUAAAUUUGCUUGUUUGUUUUGCAAAUGUUGCCGUGAUGCAAAACGAUUCACAAAAGACGAAAGUGAGAGUGUGAUUUUAGUGUGAGUCAAGCAAGAAUUGCUUUGCGUUGUACUUUGCCUAUUGUGUGUUUAUUAUAAUAAACUCAUCUGUUUGUGUUUGUUUCCACGUUUAUUUUGCUUCAACUAUCAGGUGAUUUUUUAAUCUGCGAUUUUAUGUCUGAGGUUGCUUUGUAUCCGAACGAACAACUUGACGUUCCCCAUGGAAGAACAACCAUUUGUGUGCAUUUGCCAGGUUCAAAUUUUGAUUUUAUUAUAAGUUGCCAAUAUGUGUGUUCAUUUUUCUUUUCCAAAACUUGCGAUUUACCUCUUGUUUACAUGUAAUUAGACGCUCGCCCAUUAUUUCCCAUCCCUUGCACGUUUCCACUGAUAUUUCUUGCAUCUUUGCCAUUAUAUUG